AUGGCGCCUUCCACCCGACAUUCGCAGAACAUGGCGCAGAUCAUCGAGUACAUCCCAGACCGUCUGUACCUCGCCUCUUAUUUGAAUCCUCCCACCGACGACGACCUCUUCCCCUACCCUGAGGCUCCCGUCUCGCCCAGGAAACGAGGUCAACGACCUACCCCGCUCGCCAAAUCGAACCGCACGCCGCCAUGCUACUUUACCGUCGAUGAUACCCUCCUCUACAACGCCUUUCACCAUGACUUUGGCCCGCUGCACAUUGGUCACCUGUACCGCUUUGCCAUUCAGUUCCACGAUGUCCUGGGUGCGAAGCGGAACAAGGAUCGGCCCAUUGUGUUUUGGAGCGCCGCUGAUCCGAGAAGUCGUGCGAACGCUGCCUGCAUGCUCGCGUGCUACAUGGUUCUCAUUCAGAACUGGCCUCCUCACCUGGCCCUGGCCCCGAUUGCGCAGGUUGACCCCCCACUGAUGCCCUUCCGAGAUGCGGGUUACAGCCAGGCCGACUACGGCAUUAGCGUUCAGGAUGUUGUCUACGGAGUGUGGAAGGCCAAGGAGGAGAAGUGCUGCGACCUGGAUAACUUUGACUUGGAGCAGUAUGAGAAGUUCGAGCGGGUCGAGCACGGAGACUUCAACUGGAUCACUCCUCACUUCCUGGCUUUCGCCUCUCCCCAGCACGAACCCGUUGCCAAGAUCACCGAGGACGACGAGAUGUUUCCCUUCCUUCCCCGGACGUUGACGGCCGUGGAUGAGCACCCUACUCUGCCCAAGCCCUUCAAGAACGUGCUGACGCACUUCUCGGAGAAGAACAUUGGUCUGGUGGUACGACUCAACUCGGCCCUCUACUCGCCCUCGUACUUUGAGGCUCUGGGUAUUCAGCACCUUGAUAUGAUUUUUGACGAUGGCACCUGCCCGUCGCUCGUCACUGUUCGCAAGUUUAUCAGACUCGCGCAUGAGACAAUCACCAUCAAGAAGAAGGGAAUCGCUGUGCACUGCAAGGCUGGUCUGGGUCGAACAGGCUGCCUGAUUGGUGCCUACCUUAUCUACCGCCAUGGCUUCACUGCCAACGAGGUCAUCUCGUUUAUGCGCUUCAUGAGACCUGGCAUGGUUGUCGGUCCCCAGCAGCACUGGCUGCAUCUCAACCAGGGCACCUUCAGGGAGUGGUGGAUCGAGGAGAGAGUUGAGCGAAGGCUCAGGAGGGAGAUGGCCGCUUCCAACCCUGUCCCCAGCACACCCAUCCGUGCCAUGCAGAAGACUUCUCUCCGCAACGGCCAGACCUCGACACCUCCCAACCGCAGCCCCUCAAACCGCACUCCACUCAGCGAGGUUGAUCACGAUCGUAAUAACAUUGGCGUCCAAGAAGACUAUCUGCCAGCACCUACACCAGGUCAGCCACGGAAGACUGUUCGGGAUCGUCACCACCCUUACCAGAGGUCGGCUUCCGGAACCAUGGAGGAGCAGCAGACCAUUGAGCAGGAAACAGAGUUUGUGGCCAAGCACCGUACUCAGGGCGCCGAGUCUGAUGAGGAGUGGCACCUGCGCAUGCGCAGUCAGCGAAAGGUGUCGCAAUCGCCAGGCCGCAGUGAGAAGUCGAGGUCGGUCAGCCAAACAACGAGCACGAUUUACAUGAUCGACAACGACUCGUCCAAGGACGCCGAAAACAUCGGCUCUCUACGGAGCAAGCACGUUGACCGGGUUGCUAGCACCCCCGGUGUUCUGACCAAGGUCCGUGGCAGCAAGCGCCAGGGCGAGUCUCCUCUCCGAGCAAAGGAGACUGCUGGUAUCCGCAAGACCAGCGGCAGAGUAGGCAGCGCCAGCCACGCUACGUCGGCGACAGCGGCCUCGACGGCUCGCAAGGUCUCUGGAGCUUAG